AUGACCUCUAUCAAAGAGAAGCCAGGAUUUUUAAACCGUUAAAAAAUUCAUGAUAUAUUAACGAAUCAAGUUCAAUCAUUGCCUAUACAGCAUUGUAGAUAAAAUUCAGAUAACAUCAAGUUAUUGAAAAUAACGGAACAAGCCAAAAGAACUCCUUUAAUUUCAACAAGGAAAACUAUUGAUCAAAAUGUAACAAGCAAAAAUCUCACAAAAUUAAAAUUAAGUCAUCAUAAACAUGGAUCCCUGGAUUUUGAGCCUUUUUAAUUAAAUGUAAUAAAUGUCUAAUAUUUGAUAGAAUGGCACUAAAAUUGGCAAAUUUACUUAAAUUAAAAGUGCAAGAUCUAAGAAGAUUAAUCUUUUUGAUUUAAGCAAACAAAUUAAUAACAUUAAUAAUUGCUAACUAGAAAGUAAAAAUUAAACCAUAAAAACCUAAUCUCAAUUUAAGAACGAAUAAAUAUACGAUGAAAAUAUUUUAGAUUUGUUACUCUUAAAUACAAUGGAAUUAAAAGAAAUGCUAUCAGUAAAUAAAGAACCAGCCCAAAAAACUCAAAGGACUAAACCAAAAAUUACAUUUAUUACAAAUACUAAAGGAUUGCCUCAUGAUUUCUUUUUCCAAUAAUGA